CGGAAGUGAUUAAGGGCGACAACAAACGGUGUUUGCGUUGAGUGACAGCGGUGUGUGUGUGUGUGUGUGUGUCCGCGUGUUUGUGUGUGUGUGUGUCAGUGUGUGUCAGUGUGUGUGUGUGUGUGUGUGUGUGUGUGUGUGUGUGUGUGAGAUGGUCCAAAAGUGACUUUCUAUCGGUGUUGUUGAAGUUGUGUGUUUGGACUGACGUCGUCCUGACCUGCUGGGUGGACUCACAACAACUGCGGAACCGGGAGUGAGGACCGUGUUACACUUGGCAACACCAAACUACCGCAGAGACCAGCUUUGAGCUUCCAGAAGGACUUCUGCUUCGGAGCGGACACACCAGGUGGAGUCUGCAAUCAUUUCAAUGUUCUUCUGGUGGCGGAUCUUCCCAAAGUGUCAGAGUUGAGGAAGCGCUUUGAAGGUGUGACCAGGAGCAGCCGUGACUGGGAAAUGAAGAGGAAGGAGCGUAUGGCCCGGCGACUGGAGGGCGUGGAGGGCGAGGUGCACCCGUCCCUGGUGGCCAACAGACUCCUGGAAGAGGACACACCGCGGUACACCAGAGCAUCAGACCCUUGUGAGCCUCGUGUUGUCUCGCUGCAAAGGUGCCACACUCAACACCCACAAAUGCAGACCAGCGCCGCGGAGCGACAGUCCGGAGCACAAUGCGGAUCUGAUGCCAAGGUCGCCAGUCCCUUGGAUCACGUCCUCACUUCCUCUCCCGCCGAAGCUCCCGAGUUAGAGUCCAAAGCUGAACGCAUCGCUCGCUACAAGGCGGAGCGCCGUCGGCAGCUGGCUGAGCGCUACGGCAUCCCCUUGGACCUGGAGCCGGACGUGGACUACCCGUCCCGCUGCAGUCGCACUCGCGACGACUCCGAGGGUUCAGAGAGGCGCAGGAAAGAGGGGUUUGACCGGGAGGAAGGAGGCGGAGUGGUGAGCAGAGGGCCCGGUGUGGCCCACCACAACCCCCCUGAACACGCCUACCAAACCGCCCGGACCAGAGUGGACUCGUCCUCAGAGAGGGAGCGAGUCUUGAACCUGGAGAACCAACGCAGAGGAGCAGUCCCUCAGCCGCCCUACAUGGACGUGUCCUCGCUGCCCGCCCAGGAGCACACCGCCACGGCUGUGCCGCCCAGCUCGCCCAAGUCCAGUGGACCCCGGUCUCUGAGCUCGCCCAAGUCCAGUGGACCCCGGUCUCUGAGCUCGCCCAAGUCCAGUGGACCCCGGUCUCUGAGCUCGCCCAAGUCCAGUGGACCCCGGUCUCUGAGCUCGCCUCAACGCGGCACUUCUCCUGGCGGCGUCUUCCAGGAGCAUCACGGACUCUGCAGGCAAGGUACAAGGACACACCUGUGCACUGAUUGGUUCCUUCAGACCGAUGCAGAGGGCGACACCCACUCCCUAAUCAACUGGCCAUCCAGAGUCCGAGUUAGGGAGAAGCUUGCGAAGGAAGAACGUCAGCACAGGAGCACAGACGUGGUGGAAGGUCCUGUGUCCCCCAGACUAGUUCCUCCACCAGGAGGUCCAGAUCUUGCUUACCUGUCCAUGGCCUCCGAUGUCCCCGACGAAGACCCGGGUGGUGUCCGGACACAAGGUCUCCUGAGGAGCAGGAGGGCGGUGCUGCCCUCGGAGGUCCGUCGCAGGGAGAAGAGCACCGAGGACCCCCGCGGAGGAAGGGGGGACGACGAGACCGGGACCUCCGGGCUCCUCCGGGUCGGUGGGGAAGACCCCGGAAAAAGAACCAGAAGGGAAACCCCUGAGCUCUCCAAGCCCACAGAAGACGUGAGGGGCAGAGAGACCGAAGACCAAGUCCAACAAACCUCUGCCGGUCACGUCGAGCUCGGACCGGCGCCGUCAGCGGGGGGCGCCACGGACCACGUGGCCAACACCCGCUCUGCACGGGAGGCAGGUGGCUGCGCGCCCAUUGGGGAUCCCCGGCGGCUGCAGCAAAAUAAGGAAGAGAUUCCCCAGGACAGAAUGGUGUCUGUGGCCCAGCUCAGACAUUCCUACUUGGAGAAAACCUGCACACCUCCCAGCAGACGCAGAGCUGAGCUGUCGUGUGUGAGCUCCACCUUUGCUUCCAAUGAAGCAGAAGAGGAGAAAGUGGAUGAUCGAGCUAAACUGAGUGUGGCUGCUAAGCGCUCACUGUUUAGGGAGCUGGAGAAAAACAUCCUUGGAGUCACUAAGCCGCGCUCCAGGAACGCUGCUGUGGACCGCCGGCUAAGACGGACUCAAGACCGAUCCAGAACUCAACCAGUCACCACGGAGGAGGUGGUCAUCGCUGCCUCCCUGCAGGCGAGGUCGCAUCACAACGGCGUCACGCGGGAACCCACACCAGACCUCCAGGAGGCGGAGACCAGGGCGGGGGAUGGUGUCCAAGAGGAGGCGGACCUCUGCACUCUCAGCCUGGCGGACAAGAUGGCGCUGUUCAACCGACUGGCUCAGCCCGCCAGCAGAGUGACUCGCACCAGGCCGGACUCUCGCCAGCGCAGGAACAACACCCGCUACCAGACUCAACCCAUCACUCUGGCACACCUGGAGCAGCACCUGUCUUCAUCCUCCUCUUCCACACGGCGAGGAGGCGGAGUCACGCUAUGCAGCGAGCAGGCAGGUGACAUCCACCUGACCAGACCACCAGGUGAGGUCCACCAGGUGGACGGAGCCAGUGGGAGGUUGUCUCAGGAAGAGGAAGGAGGGAAGAGGAGGGCGUCCUCUCCUGAUGGGGGAGUGGCCACCAGGAGGGAGGAAGAGGAAGAGCAGUGGCUGUGGACAACCCCCCACAACUCUGAGCAGCACAUGAACAUUCAUGACAGGCAGACAUUCUAUACAGAGAUGCCACAGUCCACUUCUGCCAGGCCCAAAGGUGUUUACCAUCCCCCCAUGGCAGACACACACUCCGCCCACACCCAACUCCCUGCCAGCCUGCUGUGGUCUGAAGGCGACAUGGGCGAGGUGAUGGCGGCCGCACAUGAGACGGGUGACGUGAUGGCGGCCACACACCUGUCUGUCAAGGAGAGGGUGGCUCUGCUGAAGAAGAGCGGCGAGGACGAGUGGAGGAAGAGACUCGGCAAGGAGCAGGGAGCGCUGGAUGUGGCUGUAGGCGACCUACACGCCCACCUGUGGGAGCUGGAGCAGAGCUUGAAGGACAAGGAGAGGAAGGAGCAGAUGGAAGCUCAAGAAGAAGCUUGGAGGUCCAAAGGCCAAGGAGCUGCCAACGACUCUGACCAGUUCACCGUGUCUGCUCGCAUGCACAAGAGAGGGAUGAUCUCUCCCUGUGUCCUGCAAACUAAAGUCAAGAGGAGCAGCAACAACAUCUCCAAACCUCAGGAAGCAGAGAUGCUCCUGAUAGCUGACAUGAAGGUGGAGUCAGACAAGAAGUUGGAGAAGUUGGAGAGUUUCCUUGGAAAGAUCAACAGUAAAGCAUCAACAGUCACAGAGGCGGGCGUCAUGGUAACGCAGGAGAAGAUGAAGGAAGUGAUGCAACUGGAGGAUGAGAUCUUUUCCAAGUUCUUCCCCCGAGUGGACCAAGUUCCUCCUGCCGGCAGCAAGGUGGCGCUGCUGGAGGACUUUGACGCCAUCUUUGGUCCUCAGACCCCAGAGUUGGUGUCCAGCAUGGUGCGGCACAAGAGAGCGGUGCGGCCCACACGCAAUGUUCCUGCGUCCAAGAACCCCGUGAAGAUGUUGGCCUCCAGGGAGGACAUCAGACUGCAGUACGUGGAGCAGCACCUCAAUGUGGGCCUGAUGGAGAGCAGCAAGAUGAAAGAGAGUCUGUGUGAGGCAGCGUUGGCGGGUCUGCGCAGCCAGGAGAAGGUGAGCAGCGUGCACCUGCGCAGCGUCCAGGUGUGUGAGGACACGUCCAACAACAGUGCCCUGCCCUACAGGAAACUCAUGCUGCUGCAGGUCAAAGGUCGCCGACACGUGCAGACCAGGCUGGUAGAGCCCAGAGCGUCGUCCUUGAACAGCGGCGACUGUUUCCUGCUCAUCACGCCGCAUCGCUGCUUCGUCUGGACGGGAGAGUUCGCCAACGUCAUCGAGAAGAACAAGGCUGCUGAGUUGGCCAACUUCAUCCAGAAAAAGAAAGAUCUUGGUUGCCGUGCCGACGAGGUCCAGGUGCUGGAAGAAGGCGUGGCCGACCAGGACAUGGAGGAGUUCUGGAAGGUUCUGGGAGGGCGAGCGAGUUACCAGGCGGCGGGAGCGGCGGAUGAAGACGAUCUGUAUGAGGACGCCAUGGUGGAGACUAACUGCAUCUACAGACUCAGCCUCAACAAGCUGCUGCCAGACCACCUCUUCUGGGCCAGAACACCUGCCACCUCUUUACUGCGGCCUACUGAGGUUCUGGUGCUGGACUUUGGCAGUGAGAUGUACAUCUGGCACGGCAAGGAGGUGACCCUGGCACAGAAGAAGGUGGCCUUCCAGCUGGCCAAGCACCUGUGGAAUGGCACCUUCGACUACACCAACUGUGACAUCAACCCUCUGGACCCUGGAGAAUGUAACCCCCGCAUACCCAAGAAAGGACGAGGGCGUCCUGACUGGGCGCUGUUUGGCAGAGUGACUCAUCACAAUGAAACGUCCUUGUUCAAGGAGAAGUUCUUGGACUGGACAGAAGCCACACCCACCAUCAGGAGCAUCAGCGACCACCAGCAGCUGACUUCACUCCGCCCUCGCACCUUCCACGCCGCUCGCAUGAUGGCGCCCGCACGCACCCUGGUGGAUGGCGUGGAUGUGGGGCGGGGCUACGGGCUGGUGGAGGCGGACGACGGGCGGUGCUACGAGGUGCGCACCUUGGCUGUGGACGUCUGGCACAUUCUGGAGUUUGACUACAGCCGCCUGCCGCGCCAAAGCAUCGGCCAGUUCCACGAGGGCGACGCCUACGUGGUGAAGUGGAAGUUCAUGCUCAGCACCGCAGUGGGGAAGCAUCAGAAACCAGAGCAGAAGAAGACCGCAGGACCCGGGAGAGAGAAGUGCUGCUACUUCUUCUGGCAAGGUCGCAACGCCACCAUCAGCGAGAAAGGAACGUCAGCCCUCAUGACCUUGGAACUGGACCAGGAAGGAGGAGCUCAGAUCCAAGUCCAGCAGGGCAAAGAGCCGCCGUGCUUCCUGCAGUGCUUCAGAGGAGGCAUGGUGGUCCACGCUGGGAGGAGAGAGGAAGACCAGGAGAACUCACACAGUGAUGUGCGGCUGUACUGUGUGAGAGGGGAGGAGGAGCUAGAGAGCCACCUGGUGGAGGUGGUGUGUCACUGCAGCAGUCUGCGCUCCAGAGCCUCCAUGUUGUUGCUCAACAUCCAGCUGGCCAACAUCCACCUGUGGCACGGCUGUAAGAGCCUCCAGCACACCCGCCUGGUAGCUAACAUGGCCGCCAGCAGGAUACAGCAACUUUGUCCCCUAGAAGCAGGACUACACAACAGCAGUCAAGUCAACAUCCAACAAGUUGAAGAAGGAAAAGAAGAUUGUGACUUCUGGAAGGUUCUUGGGGGGCGGGACAGGAAGUCAUAUGACUGCAUGCUGCAAGACCCCGGCAGGUUCAACUUCACUCCUGGACUUUUCCACCUGAGCAGCAGCUCAGGAGACUUUGCUGCUGUGGACCUGACCAGAGAGUCCAGCAGGGUCCAGCCUAUGCCCUUCUUGCAGGAAGACCUGUACUCUGUGGACCAGCCAGCUUUGUUCCUAGUAGACAACCACCAUGAGGUCUACUUGUGGCAAGGCUGCUGGCCUCAGGACUGUGAAAGAACUGGAUCUGCACUUCAGCACUGGGACCUGGACAGGAAGUGUGCCAUGGAGACUGUGCUGCACUACUCUACAGCUAAGAAUCCUACAAGACCUCCUAAGUCGUACUUGAUCCACUCUGGUCUGGAACCUUUGACCUUCACCAACAUCUUUCCUACCUGGGAACUACCUCAUGACAUCACACUACAGGAGGCGGAGGUGUGUGAUCAGAUCAUCCUGGUAGAAGAAGUGUUGAGCAGGUUGUGUCAGAGUGUGUAUCCUCUACAUCACCUGCUGGCCCGCCCACUUCCUGAAGGUGUCAACCCUCUUCACCUGGAAGUUUACCUGUCUGACCACGACUUUCAGGAAGGUCUACAGAUGACUAGAGAGGACUACAAUCAUCUGCCUGAAUGGAAACAAGUCAAGUUGAAGAAAAGCAAAGGACUUUUCUAACAGGAACAUUUUUUUGAAGUACUUGUUUCUGUACUGUACUUUCUUGUCUUGUCUGCACUACAUCCUGAUGACAGUGACUUCAAGUGUGCAUGUACAUACAGUACACAUUCAAGUGUGCAUGUACAUACACUACUUACUUACACUACACAUUCAAGUGUGCAUGUACAUACACUACUUACUUACAGUACACAUUCAAGUGUGCACUUAGUGUACUUACAUUAUUAUAUAAGAUAUUUGUAGCAAACUUAAUUGAAAUGUUAGUUUCAUUACUAAGGACAUAUUUUGAAGAGGUGCCUUGAUGUACAGUUUAUAUACAAACUUGUCCUGCUAUUAAUACUUGAGAGAAAUAAACACUAACACAACAAUUAUUGUGUUGAUGAUUUAUUUGUAUUUUCAA